ACUGUGACAACGACACUGGAAGCUGAAAUUGUGAAUAUCCCGCUCCUCAUUGGCUCUCGGCUGAGAACAAGGACGGGUCGCUCUCCGCAAGCCCGUGGUGCUGAAAUCUCGUCUCGCUAUGAUAACAAUGUAACGGCAAUGAAACACUUCACUGUGGAACCCAAUAAACAUCACCAAAAUGGAAGAUGAUUUGUUCCAGUUAAGACAACUCCCCGUGGUCAAGUUCCGUCGCACGGGUGAUAGCACACGCUCUGAGGAUGACGGCGGGGGCAGAGAGCAGGAGGUCCAGAUCGAUGGGAGGCAGGCUUAUAUGGAGUCUGUGGCACUUCAGGAUGGUGCACCAGUACCUCGGGAGUUUGCUAAUCCAACUGAUGACACUUUCAUGGUGGAGGAUGCUGUGGAGGCCAUUGGCUUUGGGAAGUUCCAGUGGAAACUCUCCAUCCUCACUGGUCUGUCCUGGAUGGCUGAUGCUAUGGAGAUGAUGAUUCUGAGCAUCCUAGCUCCACAGCUGCACUGUGAAUGGAGGCUGCCAAGUCUGUGGGUGGCGCUACUCACCUCGGCGGUGUUCAUUGGAAUGAUGAUCAGCUCUUCCAUUUGGGGGAACAUAUCCGACAAGUAUGGCAGAAAAACAGGUCUGAAGAUGAGUGUGGCGUGGACCAUGUUCUAUGGUGUCCUGAGCGCCUUUGCCCCCGUCUAUGGCUGGAUACUCUUCCUCCGUGCCCUGGUGGGCUUUGGCAUCGGAGGAGCACCACAGUCGGUGACACUGUAUGCAGAGUUUCUCCCCAUGAGGUCCAGAGCCACCUGCAUCUUGCUGAUAGAGAUAUUCUGGGCGCUGGGCACUGUGUUUGAGGUACUGCUGGCUAUCGUGGUGAUGCCCACUCUGGGCUGGCGCUGGCUGCUUGGCCUCUCUACCAUUCCGCUCUUCAUCUUUGCUAUCCUCUCUUUUUGGCUGCCAGAGAGUGCCCGCUAUGAUGUGUUGACAGGGAACCAGGAGAAAGCGCUGAACACCCUGAAGCGCAUCGCCAAGGAGAACGGAGCCCCCAUGCCCCUUGGAAAACUUGUGGCUGCAAGACAGGAGGACCGUGGGAAGAUCCAGGAUCUUUUCUCACCACAUUUUCGCUGGACCACAAUUCUGUUGUGGUUUAUUUGGUUCUCUAAUGCAUUUGCCUACUAUGGCCUGGUCCUGCUCACCACUGAGCUCUUCCAGGAGGGGGGCGCCUGUGGGGAGUCAAAAGGUAGUAAGAGGGAGCCCAGGUGUAGCCUGGAGUGUAAAUACCUGACCUCAGACGACUACAAGGAUCUGCUGUGGACCACCCUGUCUGAAUUCCCAGGCCUACUGGUGACUCUGUGGGCCAUCGAUCGGCUGGGAAGGAGGAAGACCAUGGCACUGUGCUUCUUUGUCUUCUCUCUCUGCCUUGUUCCACUCUACGCUUGUGUAGGGAGGACCUGGUUGACAGUAUUGAUAUUCAUCGCCAGGGCCUUCAUUGCAGGAGGUUUCCAGGCUGCUUAUGUCUACACCCCUGAGGUUUAUCCAACAGCAACCAGAGCGUUAGGUCUGGGCACUAGUAGUGGAAUGGCCAGAGUGGGAGCCCUCAUCACACCCUUUGUUGCACAGGUGAUGUUGGAGUCUUCUGUGUACCUGACUCUGUCAGUGUAUAGCAUCUGUUGCAUGCUGGCUGCCAUCGCCUCAUGUGCUCUGCCCAUUGAGACCACUGGCCGGGGCCUCCAGGAGUCCAGCCACCGCGAGUGGGGCCAGGAGAUGAUGGGCCGGGCCCAUGGCAACAGCUCUGGGGGCAUCCCACACUCUGACUCUGGGUCCCAGGAGGACUGAACACAGGCAAGAAGGUGGUGGAGGCUGGAGUGGAAAAGAGGGGCAAUGAAGGAGAAGGAAGCUAAGCAAGAAGCCCUUGUCCAUUCUCAACUCAGAUGUGUCAUUACUGGUUUGUAUAUAGGCACCACAGUGGCUUGAGAGAGAGCCUGCCAGCAAAAUGUUAUUCAAAAACAUUUCUCUCCGAUUUUAAUCUUCGACCCCUACCCUGAUUUUUGCUAAUGUACGAUAACCGCACUCUGAGUGAGACAGGAGCUCAAUGGAGUAUUCAAAGUUGCACUGGAUGGUGUCAGGGAGAAAAAACAUUGGGGUGGGAUUGCCAUUCUUCCAGCUCAGUAUUUGAAUUUUACAGUCAUAUUGUGAGAGAAGAACAGCGAGAGCGAUGGUAGAAGAGUGUGAUAGAGGACGUUGAUUUGCUGCAUUGUUUCUAUUAAACCCGUUUCCUCUAAGAGAUCAUACUCAGGUCCUACUACUUGUUUUUGGAUGAGGGACAAAUUGAGGACUUUUGACUAAUGAAAGAGCAGCUGCUUUGUAACAUCCCAAAAAGUCCAUUAUCUUGUGCAAAGCUAUAAUGAAAACAAUGACAUGUAACGAAUUGCUGUCUAAUGUUACCGUAAUUACUCACUCAACAUAAUCAAAUCUGUACAUCUUGGGUUGUCUGCACGUCCCCAUCACCACGGUAACCAUCAGCCACUGUAAUCACCCUGCUGUCAACUGACAUGAGGCACUUCGAGGAGGUGUGGGGUCACAAAUCUCAGUUACACUUCAGUUUAGAAACGUAUAAGUGAGGCAAUCAUAAUGACGACGUAAAGUCUCUCUGUGCAGCUGGUAUAAGCAUUUAUUAGCACUCAUAUUGUAGUCUGACUUGUACGGGAUCGUACUGUUGUCGCACAGUGAACAUUGUUUAUGUCAAUUAGGGAAAUUGCAGAUGGGUACAGAUGAAAGUUCAUGCCAGGUGUUACAAUGCUUAUAUGUGCACGUUGAAGGCUUUAUAUGUCAUGAAACUGAAGUGCUACUGAAAUCUUUGAACCGUACUAUACUUUCACCUCUUAAACCCAGAGUUGUCAGUCUGGUACAGUAGUAUUUACUCCACAUGAGUGAAAUUAUUCAAAGCAAACAUAAUCACAUGGUUUUUCAGGGUACACCUCAAUGGCUGGCUGUGAAUGCUAAACAUCAUGUUAACCUGAAUUCACAUAUUAAACACAAAACACUCAACAGUACUGAUAAUACAAACACACACACAAACCUUCAUACAACAAUUUAUCGGAGUGGCACAGCUUUUGCUUACUGGACAAAAGUCAUCUCUGUAUAUACUAUACCAAUACCUGGUUUGGUUGUUGUUUGUUGGUGAGGUGGUGCGGGGAUGGUCUUUGUCCCCUUGUAAAAGUAACACAUGAAACAAGUUGUUGUUGAAAAUGGUAGUGAACCUUGGACUUGUCCUAAAAGCUGUUUCCUACAUGCCUGCCAUUGCAAUUUAGUACCACAUUAAAAAUGUCUGUGCACAGAUUCUUCUCACUACACUGGAUGUAAAUGUGUAUGAUACAACAAUAAAUUAAGUUUCAAAAAA